GAGAUAACCAUGCCAGCUGCAAAGAUAUACCAUGACUCGGAUGCCGAUCUGGCAUACAUAAAGGACAAGACUAUUGUCUUCCUGGGUUUCGGUAAUCAAGGUGCUGCACAAGCUCAGAACCUGCGCGACUCCGGCAUCCCGAACGACAAGAUUCUCAUAGCAAACCGCGAGGAUAGCUAUGCUGAGGAUGCCAAGGCAAAGCGCUUCAAUGUUACUCCUGACUUCGCGAAAGCGGCGGAAGUUGCAGAUGUGCUGUUCCUCUUAGUACCAGAUCAGGUUCAGCCUCGUAUUUUCAAUAACCAACUUGUACCGAGUUUGAAGAAGGGUUGUACAAUCGUCGUUGCCAGCGGUUAUAAUGUAUUUUUCAAGUUCUUGAACAUCCCAUCGACCAGCAACGUCGUUAUGGUAGCACCCAGGAUGAUUGGCUCAUCUGUCCGGUCCCUCUAUGAAAAGGGUAAAGGUUUCCCUUGCUUCGUUUCAGUUGAGCAGGACGGCGCUGGCAAGGCUCAAGAAAUCGCUCUCGCAAUCUCUCGCGGGAUCGGAGCGACAAAGGCUGGAGCGAUCGAGUCUUCCGUAAGAGAGGAAACAGCUAUGGAUCUAUUAGCAGAACAAGCACUUUGGCCGAAUAUUAUUUCGCUUUUCCAGCAAGCCUUCAGCGUUCUGAAGGAUGCCGGAUGUUCUGAUGAAGCUUUAUGCUACGAAAUGUGGAUGUCGAAGGAGCCUGCGGAAAUUUUUGAGCGAGCCGCUGAAGACGGAUUUAUCCAACAGUUAAAGCACCAUUCAACGGUCUCGCAAUAUGGCCAAUUAAGCGGUGCUCAAGCUCUUGAUGGUACCAGUACGCGAGAACACUUUGAGAACAUCUUGCAUAACCAAAUUUUGAGUGGAAAGUUCGCCAAGGAGUUCAGUAAGAUAGAGGAUGCAUUGGAUAAGGAAGGCAGCGAGAAUCCUCUUAACGAGCUGUACCGUCGGGCCGAGGAGACUGAGCUCGGACAAGCAGAGAAGAGAGUGCGAGCUCGCCUUGGAUGAUGUAUUGUUAUACUUAGGUAGUUUGUCAA